AUGGAUCCCUUUUCAGCAGAGGGCGAGCUCCUCAACAUUCACAAUGCCUUCCACUCUGGCCAAUACCAGGAGGUGAUCGACUUCGAGACCGCCGCCCUGUCCUCCGAAAACCAGCUCCCAGCCCGUGUACUUAAGCUCCGCGCCCAGAUCGCCCUCGGCCAGAUCGAUGAGGUCCUCGCCGACGUCUCAAGCGAAGAAGAUACCCCCGACCUCGCCGCCGUUAAGGCCCUUGCUCAGCAAGCUGCGGGCAAGACUGACGCCGCCCUCCAGUCGGCUCAGGAGCUCGCUGAAAACUACCCCGAGAAUGCGACAGUGGAGGUUCUGGCCGCUACAAUCUUGCAGGUGCAAGGAUAUAGUGACGAGGCUAUUGCCCUUCUGACCAAGCACCAGGGUAACUUGGAGGCUGUUUCUUUGAUUGUUCAGAUUCAUCUUCAGCAGAACCGCACCGAUCUCGCGCUUAAGGAGGUUCAAGCUGCCAAGCGCUGGGCUCAGGAUUCCCUGCUCGUCAAUUUGGCCGAGUCAUGGGUUGGAUUGCGAGUUGGUGGUGAGAAGUACCAGUCCGCCUUCUACGUCUACGAAGAGCUCGCUUCCGCCCCUAGCACCUCCGCCCCUCUAUCCAUCGUCGGCCAAGCCGUCGCAGAGCUCCAUCUAGGCCGUCUCCCCGAAGCCGAAGCCGCCCUGACCACCGCCCUUGAGAGAUACCCCGAGGACGCAGAACUGAUUGCCAACACAAUUGUUCUCAAUGUGCUGUCGGGGAAGCCGAGCACAGAUCUGGAGUCCCGACUCCAGCAAAUCGAUCCAUCACACGCCCUCCUUGCCGAUAUCCAAGAGAAGAGCGAGUUCUUCGAUACGGCUGCGGCCAAGUAUGCCCCCAAGGUGUCUUCCUAA